UUCUCCCCCCGCACACGCCACAAUGCCUCUUUUGGAAGCCCGAGUUAAGAGCGUCUUGUCAGGGGACACGGUAGUGCUGGCUCAUGUCUCGAAUCCCGCCCAGGAACGCAUUCUGAGCUUGGCCUAUGUCUCUGCUCCGAGAUUGAAGAGAGAGGGAGACGAGCCGUUUGCCUUUCAAUCUCGAGAAUUUCUCCGUGAGCUUCUUGUUGGCAAGGUGGUACAGUUCCAGAUUCUGUAUGCUAUUCCAACUGGCGCCAAACGGGAAUAUGGAAUCGUCAAGAUCCCCGGUACCAAUGGCAAGGAGCUACCUGAGCUCUGUGUUUCCGAAGGCUGGGCAAAAGUUCGAGAAGAUGCGGGGAGAAGAGACGAAAACGAGGAUGCGGUGACACUGCUGAACAGUCUGAGGGAGCUCGAAUCUCGUGCCAAGUCGGAAUCGAAAGGCGUAUGGGCUGGGGACGAUAAUAUUGAUAUGGCAUAUGAGGUGAAGGACCCACAAGAGCUACUUGCAAGCUUGAAGGGAACUCCGAUUGAUUCAGUGGUGGAAAAGGUAUUGAGCGGUGACAGGUUCCUGAUCCGUCUGCUCAUCUCUCCGAAGAAACAUGUCCAGACGCUGGUUGUUGCAGCUGGUAUUCGCGCACCGGCUACCAAGCGAGUGAACCCGUCUGAUGGAUCAGAGCAACCCGGAGAGCCAUAUGGAGACCAGGCACAGAUGUUUGUUGAAAUGAGACUCUUGCAGAGAAAGGUAAAGGUUACGUUACUCGGACUCACUCCUCAGAACCAGCUUGUUGGUACCGUUCUACACCCUGUUGGAAAUAUCGCCAAGUUCCUUCUCGAGGCUGGCCUUGCGAGGUGUGCGGACCAUCACUCUACGCUACUGGGUGCUGAUAUGGCUACCUUUAGACAAGCAGAGAAGUCCGCCAAGGAUGCUCGCAAGGGGCUGUUUACAAGCCAUGUUGCUCCCAAAGCUGCUGCCGCCGCAGACACCGAUCUUGUGGUGAGCAGAAUAUUAAAUGCGGAUACUAUCUUCCUUAGAAACAAGGCUGGGGCUGAGAAGAAGAUAAGCCUGAGCAGUGUAAGGCAGCCUAAGCCAUCAGACCCCAAACAGGCACCAUUUGCAGCAGAUGCCAAGGAGUUCCUACGCAAGAAACUGAUUGGCAAGCAUGUCAAAGUCACUAUCAACGGGAAGAAACCAGCCUCAGAAGGGUUUGAGGAACGAGAAGUCGGUACUGUCUUGGUCGGAAACGCCAAUAUUGCGAUCAGCUUGGUAGAAGCCGGGUACGCUUCCGUCAUCCGUCACCGUAGGGAUGACGAUGACCGAUCUCCAGAUUAUGAUGCUCUUCUGCUUGCUGAAGAGAAGGCGCAGAAGGAGGAGAAGGGCAUGUGGUCACCCAAGGCUCCCAAGGCUAAGCAAUUCCAGGACUACUCCGAGAGCGUCCAAAAGGCCAAGAUGGAAUGCUCUGUUCUGCAGAGGCAGAAGAAGGUGUCUGGUGUCGUCGACUUUGUCAAGUCAGGGUCAAGGUUCACUGUCUUGAUACCACGAGACAAUGCUAAGCUCACCUUUGUCCUUUCUGGAAUCCGUGCUCCCAGAACGGCAAGGAAUGCCAAUGAGAAGUCCGAGCCCUUUGGGCAGGAAGCUCACGACUUUGCAAACCGUAGAUGCAUGCAGCGUGACGUUGAAAUUGACGUUGAGACCAUUGACAAGGUUGGUGGCUUCAUCGGCACUCUCUAUGUUAACAGGGAGAACUUUGCAAAGCUCCUGGUGGAGGAAGGCCUUGCGACGGUUCAUGCCUACUCCGCUGAACAGUCCGGCCAUGGAAUAGAACUGUUUGCCGCCGAGGCGAAGGCAAAGGAGGCUAGAAAGGGCCUAUGGCGAGACUGGGAUCCUAGCCAGGAUGCGGAGAACGAUGAAGAUGCUCCCGUCACCACCACCGGUGCUGGAGCUACCGCAGAGGCCCCAGCACGGGGAAGAGAUUACCGGGACGUGAUGCUCACACACGUCGACGAAGACGGCAAGCUUAAACUACAGCAGAUCGGCACCGGCACGACAGGCCUUACCGAUCUCAUGAACUCGUUCCGAGCGUUCCACAUAAACAAGGCCAAUGACAAGCCUCUCGACGGUCCUCCAAAGGCCGGAGAUCUGGUCGCAGCCCGAUUCACGGAAGAUAACGAAUGGUACCGUGCUAAGAUCCGGCGCAACGACCGUGAAGCCAAGGAGGCCGAUGUCGUGUAUAUCGACUACGGUAACUCGGAAAAACUCCCGUGGUCAAGACUGCGACCACUCGCACCCCAGUUCUCCCAGCAGAAGCUAAAGCCACAGGCCGUCGACGCGGUCAUGUCCUUCCUCCAGUUCCCUACUUCCCCGGAGUAUCUCAAGGACGCCAUACACUUCCUGGCUUCCCAGACGGUUGACCGGGAGCUAGUUGCCAAUGUCGACCAUAUCGCCGACGGCGUCCUCCACGUCACCUUGCUGGAUGCCUCUGCCUCCCAGAAUCUGGAACAGAGCAUCAACGCCGAAGUGGUGCGUGAGGGUCUGGCGAUGGUCCCGCGUAAAUUGAAGCCGUGGGAGCGCGCAUGCAACGAUACGCUAUCCAACCUUCGCAAGCUCGAGGAGGAAGCAAAGCAAGAGCGAAGAGGAAUGUGGGAGUACGGUGAUAUCACUGAGGAUUAA